ACUGCCAGAACUUUCUGUUAAGAGCAGCAAAUGGUCAUUACAUUAAACAGUAUUUGUUUACCCUUUUUUUCAAGGUAACUUUUAUCAUGACUGAAAUAUGGCUGAUAACAAGAAGGACUUUACCUCUUUUUUUAAUUUUUGCCUCAGUGAUUUUCACAUCCCCACUGGAAUCUUCACCCUUUCAGCUAGUUACCUCUAAGAAGAAGUACAAAGAGGCAAAGAGCUACUGCAGAGGGAUGUAUACCGAUUUAUGCAAAUUUUACAAGUUAGCAGAAAUUAAUGCCAUGAUUGAUUUAGUUUUAAAAUCAGCUGACCGCGUUUGGAUAGGGCUGGAGCUUGGAGAACAGCGGAUUUGGCACUGGACUGCGUCUAAUCAAGGAACAAGCUUUUUAAACUGGAGGAUCGGAGAACCAAAGAAUAAUAAAACAGAAGUGUGUGCAGCAAUGGAUCACAAUGGAACAUGGGUUGAAAAUGACUGUGGAAUUCCAAAGAGCUUUGUUUGCCAAGGCAGCGGGGAUGCCAGGAAUCACAUCUUCGUUCAGUAUAAAAAAUCAUGGAGGGAUGCUCGCAGUCAUUGCUGGGGCCUAUCAUCUGAUCUUGUUAUUAUAGACUCAGCAGAAGAAAAUAAAGCAAUCAGGAACAUGUCCGCAUCUGAAGAUGUAUGGAUUGGACUCUUCAAAGAUCCCUGGAUGUGGUCGGAUGAUAGUAACUCAUCGUUCCGGUUUUGGAAUGCCAGUGAACCCAGCUAUAGUGACAAUCGAGGCUGUGUUGCCGCUGACUUAACAAAUCUGGGAAAGUGGUCCAGUCAGAACUGCAAUAACACACUCAGUUUCAUUUGUUGUAAUGCAACAGAUCUAGAAACUACCAGUUCACAAACUACACAUCAGAGCAUUACAACAGACUGUUCAUCACCUAAUCUGACAACUCCUCCAUCUAAUUCAUCUCAAGCAGACGCAGCAACCUUUAAUUCCACUUUGUUUACCACUGGACAACAGAUUACUAAUGUUACCACUAUAGCACCACCAGCUAUCACUGGACUGACUGCAUCUAACCCCACUGGCGUUGCUUCACGUACCAUCAGUACUAAGUUUAACACUACAAGUACAAAAAUGCCAACAAUGACAACAACAUCACUGGACCGAAAUAAUUCCACCCAAGUUCUACCAACUAUCAUUGGACUGAUUACACCAGCAACACUACGACCCCAAAAUGUCACCAACCCAGAACCAACCACUGUCACUCCACUGACAACAUCCAUUACCACAGAGGUUGUUUCAUAUGCCAUAACCACUGAGCUUACCAGUACAACAGAAAUGCCAACAAUGACACCAAUACAAACGUCCCAAAAUGUUACUACCCCAGCACCAUCAGCUGUCACUGGAUUCACUACAUCUAAUACCACUGAGGUUGUUUCACAUCCCAUCAGCACUGAGCCCAACAAAACAAUUACUCAAAUGCCAGCAGUGACAGCAACAAAACUGCCCCAAAAUGUCACAGACCCAACACCAACUACUGUCACUGGACUGAUGACAUCCAACACCACAGAGGUUGUUUCAUAUCCCUUAACCUCUGAGCUUAACAGUACAAGAACAGAAAUGUCAACAAUGACACCAAUACAACCAUCCCAAAAUGUCACCAACCCAGCACCAACUACUGCCACUGGACUGACAACGCCCAACACCACAGAGUUUGUUGUAAAUCCCAUCAGACCUGAGUUUAACACUACAAGUACAGAAAUGCCAACAAUGACAACAACAUCACUGCAUCGGAAUAAUACCUCUCACGUUCUACCAACCACCACUGGACUGAUUACAUCUAACAAAAGUGAGGUUGUUUCACAUCCCAUCAGCACUGAGCCCAACAAAACAAUUACUCAAAUGCCAACAGUGACAGCAACACAACUGCCCCAAAAUGUCACCAACCCAGAACCAAUGACUUCCACUGCACUGAUAACAUCCAACACCACAGAGGUUGUUUCAUAUCCCAUAACCGCUGAGCUUAACAGUACAAGAACAGAAAUGUCAACAAUGACACCAAUACAACUGUUCCAGAAUGUUACCACCCCAGCACCAUCAGCUGUCACUAGAGUGACUACAUCUAAUACCACUAAAGAUGUUUCACAUCCCAUCAGUAAUGAGCCACACAAAACAAUGACACAAAUACCAACAGUGACAGCAACACAACUGCCCCAAAAUGUCACCAACCCAGCACCAACUACUGCCACUGGACUGACAACGCCCAACACCACAGAGUUUGUUGUAAAUCCCAUCAGACCUGAGUUUAACACUACAAGUACAGAAAUGCCAACAAUGACAACAACAUCACUGCACCGAAAUAAUACCUCUCACGUUCUACCAACCACCACUGGACUGAUUACAUCUAACAAAACUGAGGUUGUUUCACAUCCCAUCAGCACCGAGUCCAACAAAAAAAUUACUCAAAUGCCAACAGUGACAGCAAAAAACUGCCCCAAAAUGUCACCAACCCAGAACCAGCAACUGUCACUGGACUGACAACAUCCAACACCACACAGGUUGUUUCAUAUCCCAUAACCACUGAGCGUAACAGUACAAGAACAGAAAUGUCAACAAUGACACCAAUACAACUUUUCCAGAAUGUAACCACCCCAGCACCAUCACCUCUCAUUGGAGUGACUACAUCUAAUACCACUAAAUAUGUUUCACAUCCCAUCAGUAAUGAGCCAGACAAAACAAUGACACAAAUGGCAACAGUGACAGCAACACAACCGCCCCAAAAUGUCACCUACCCAGCACCAACUACUGCCACUGGACUGACAACACCCAACACCACAGAGUUUGUUGUAAAUCCCAUCAGACCUGAGUUUAACACUACAAGUACAGAAAUGCCAACAAUGACAACAACAUCACUGCACCAAAAUAAUACCACCCACGUUCUACCAACCACCACUGGACUGAUUACAUCUAACACCACUGAGGUUGCUUCACAUCCCAUCAGCACUGAGUCCAACAAAACAAUUACUCAAAUGCCAACAGUGACAGCAAAAAAACUGCCCCAAAAUGUCACCAACCCAGAACCAACUACUGCCACUAGACUGACAACACCCAACACCACAGAGUUUGUUGUAAAUCCCAUCAGACCUGAGUUUAACACUACAAGUACAGAAAUGUCAACAAUGACAACAACAUCACUGCACCGAAAUAAUACCACCCACGUUCUACCAACCACCACUGGACUGAUUACAUCUAACACCACUGAGGUUGUUUCACAUCCCAUCAGUACUGAGUCCAACAAAACAAUUACUCAAAUGCCAACAGUGACAGCAAAAAAACUGCCCCAAAAUGUCACCAACCCAGAACCAACUACUGCCACUGGACUGACAACACCCAACACCACAGAGUUUGUUGUAAAUCUCAUAACCACUGAGAUUAACAGAACAAGAACAGAAAUGCCAACACCAACACCACUGCACGAAAAUAAUACCACCCAAGCACUACCAACUAUCACUGGACUGGCUACAUCUAACACCACUGAGGUUGUUUCAUAU